UCCACGAUCCGUCCUGGUUUCCAUGGCGAUGCAAACAUGGCGGCCCUAAGUGUACACGUGUAAUGAAUUGAAAGAUGUCACGAUGAAAGAUGAGGGAACAUUGAUCUAUUUUUUUUACUAUCGUCAAAAUGUCAAAUGGGAAAGACAGAAAAGUGCAGAGCACUGAACAACAAAAGAGUUACGAAUCGGAGAAACCAAUUUAUGUAAGAAAACUAAACUUCGGACAGUCGAUUCUAACCUUAGAUACGGUUAAGGAAUUCCAGGGGCAAAAAGAUGGUACAUUGUUGAUAAAUAAAAAUGUGGCAAAUAUACCAUGCACGGGAAAGAUCGAUUUUGUCCGUAAAUGGAUCGAAUCUCACGAAGAGUCCAUUUUCAAUUCGGAAAACCUACUCCAAUUAUCGCCUACUUUGGGUUCGUCUGCGGUCAAACGCGCGGAAACUUCUCCUGUUUUCGGCAAACGACGCAAACGAGUAAGAAAGAAAAGUAGUUUGAAGGAUACUGUGAUAGAAAACGAUGUUCGAGUGCAUUCGAAUAAGCUGCAAAAUACAGAUAGAAAAGAAAUUUCUAGUCCUUUUGUUGAACAUAAUAAGCGUAUGAAAAUUGAUGGUAACAAUUGGAGGGAAAACGUUAGAGAGAACUUAUUUCAUUCUCCAACAACCACAGCUCGUUUAGAAACAUCCCAAGCAAAUACAUCUCCUAUACUUGACAAAAACUUUUAUGGUUACAAAAAGAGACGAAGAAAAUGUACAGGUGAAACUUCGCAAAGAAAAGUAUUGGUACAAAUUCAAAAUAAACAUAUGGAAACAAAUAUAAGAAAUGCUUCCAUUAAUAAGGGGAAAGAAUCUCCUGUUCUAGUUGAGAACUGUUACUAUUCUAACAAAAAGAAAGCAGAGAUGCAAAGUAACUACAUAGAUUCAAAUAUGAAUUCUGUGGUAGCCCAUAAUUUAGAGAAUGAUCAACAUCUGGAAACCGGAUUUAAAAUUAUGUCUACUCAGAAACAACAGAGUUUGAUAAGAAAGUUAGAAAACAGUUUCAACAAUGAUGAUCUCAAAUCUUCUACAAGUAAGGAUUUAAGAAUUUCAGAGGACUUUCUGGAACUUGCUUCAGUAGAUUCAAACUCGAAAUUACGUAUUGAAGAUAGCCCAAGAGAUAGCGAGAAAGUUGAAACAGAAUCUAGCAAAUCGAACGACGAUAAUUGUAACAACAUUGUAAAUACCAGCAGCGAAACCGAUAAGGAUCUUAGCGAACUGAUAGAAGACACGGAUAUGCAAGAUGUAGAAUCUAUUACUAAAAACUCUAAUCGUGGCCCAAAACGCAUUUCCUAUUUAAUUUCCAAAGCUGAUUCUCUGAGCUCGCAAAUAUCUACCAAAGACUCUGAUCAAACGUAUUUUGAAAAAGGAGAGAAGCUUCGAUGUAUGCUCCCUAAUAAACGUAACGAUCUACAGCCUUCCCAAAAAAUUUCCCAAGUAUCGACGCAAGUUAACGAUCUGGCGGAUGUUAAGUCGAUUCAAAGUGGAAUUGUUAUUAGUACAGAUACGUCGCCGGGAAAAACAUACCCAGACUUAUCUGUAAAAUUAAAUCUUUUAGAUUCGGGGAAAAAGAGGAAAAAACCGAAAAGGGGAAGUUUGUCGGAAAAAUUGCAACUGACGAUCAACAGACAGGUAUCGUUCGUACGUGUGUGGAGAUAUCAAAUGAAACAAAUGGAUAAAGAUAACAUUUCUGUACCGUGCGUUACUGUUUGCGUACAUGCCUGCAUAACACGUUUCAGCAGACAAUUCCUAGAAGGAAUUGUGAUGGAAGAUUCAUUCGAAUUGCUGUCUCCUAAAGGGAGAAAUAAUUCUUCGAAAUUUAUCAAAAUCAUGACGAUUCCUAAUAUAGUGGGUAAAAUAAUAAUGUCAAUAGCUCAGGACCGACCCGAGCUUUACGAAGAAGUGAAAUUGUAUAAAAAUGCCAGGGAAAGAGAGAAAUAUGAUAACCAAGCAGAUCUGUAUGCACUUGUAAAUACUUUGCAGCAUUUGGAAAAGGCUUACAUCAGGGAUUGCGUGACCCCUAAAGAAUAUACUGCUGCUUGCAGCAAACUGUUGGUACAGUACAGAGCUGCUUUCAAACAGGUGCAAAGCGAUCAGUUUCCUACCAUAGAUGCGUUUGCCAGAGCAUUUAGACUGGAUUGUCCAGCUGCUCUGGAAAGGAUCAAAGAGGACAGACCAAUUACCAUAAAGGACGAUAAGGGAAAUACGUCGAAAUGUAUCGCGGACAUCGUGUCUCUGUUUAUUACGUUAAUGGACAAGCUGCGGCUUGAAAUCAAAGCCAUGGAUCAGCUACAUCCCGAUUUAAGAGACCUGAUGGACACUAUGAAUCGUCUUAGCAUAUUGCCAAGCGAUUUCGACGGCAAAGAAAAGGUUGCGGAAUGGCUACAGAUUCUAAAUAACAUGUCGGCUUCCGACGAAUUAUCCGACACCCAAGUGAGACAAUUGAUCUUUGAUUUGGAAACAUCCUACAACGCUUUCAAUAAAGUUCUUCACAACUCGUAAUCCAACUCGUUCGGUUGCUCUGCAUCGAAACGCGAAACUGUUUAUUUUUUUAAUCGUUUAGCUACGAUGGUUCCUUUAAUGUCGUUUACGACUAGUACAAUCAAAGGUUCCAACUUGGUUUCAUCGUAACUGUGUUACAUACGUACGCGUACAAAUAGAGCCAUACAACUAUUUUAUACACCGUUCUUUAUAAAAAGAUAUUUAAACGGUGAUUCGUUAAGUGUAAGAUAUAAAUACGAUGUAUAUACAGUGUAUCGAAGGAAACAAUAAAAUUAAUCGUAGGUGCUUAUUA